UCAUCACUACGACCUGGACCUGCUGAAAAUCAAGAAGCUGAAAUAUGUAUACGAUCACGAACGGACGUUUUAUUAUUUUUGGCUUCACUGACAACAACGCUCUUUCAAAAAAAAAAUCUGUAUCUCUCAAUACUUCAUCUUCAUUUCUAUUUAAAUUUAUCUGAGAGGUCGAAAAAGGGAAUUCGAUAA